AUGGUGUUGAAUCGAAGCUUAUCUGAAACAAAGCUACCAACUUUCGGUCGGCGCCAUUUACAAUGUUUACUACUAUUUUGUGGCCUUUCGGCCAUUUACGGAAUGCGUGUGAAUCUUUCGGUGGCCAUUGUCGCGAUGAUGGAUAAAAGUGCAGCGAACCCAAAUUUUCCUGAGUACAAAUGGUCAGAGCAAACAAAAUCCAAGGUACUCAGCAGCUUCUUCUGCGGCUAUAUAUGCACACAAAUUCCCGCCGGUGGUUGGGCGCGUCGCUUCGGCGGUAAAGUGAUGUUAAUGUUCACUGUAACCAGCAGCAGUAUAUUGGCCAUACUGACACCGCUUGCAGCCAGCAUUGGAAACUGGCAGUUACUGUGUGCGCUACGCUUUCUACAAGGUUUUGGACAGGGCUCCACAAUACCAGCCAUGGCCACAAUUUUGGCUAAAUGGGCGCCAGUUGAGGAGCGCAGCUCUUUGGCAACGUAUUUAUUUUCGGGCGCACAAUUUGGCACUGUGAUAAUGUUGGGCUCCAGCGGAGCACUAGCCUCCUCAAGCAUGGGAUGGCCAAGUAUUUUUUACAUACCCGGUGGCUUGGGUUUGCUGUGGGCGAUAAUUUGGUUAUGCUUUGGCGCCAGCUCACCCAGCGAUUGCAAAGUAAUUUCCGAUGCUGAACGCUCAUACAUUGAAACGUCACUGAGCAAGCAGGUGAAAAGUGAAGAGCAUGAAAUGCCCACUAAAGUGCCAUGGUGCAAGAUAUUCACAUCGCCGCCAUUUCUGGCAUUGUUGGUAACUCAUUGCGGCUAUACGUGGGGCUUCUGGACUCUGCUCACUCAAAUACCAUCGUACAUGAAGAGUGUGCUGGGCAAAGAUAUCAAAAGCAAUGCAUUGCUCUCCGCUCUGCCAUACCUCUCAAUGGUAAUUUUGGGUUUCAUCUGUUGUCCCUUCGUUGAGGCGUUGGAAAAAUCGAAGCGCGUCAGCCGAACAGUCAGUAGGAAGGUCUUCAACACAAUCGGCCAAUGGAUACCGGUGACCACUUUCAUUUGGUUAGGCUAUGUGAAUGCCGAUCAAAGUGAUUUGGCUGUCGUUCUGUUGACCGUCACUGUGUCGAUUACUGCAAUCACGCAUUUCGGCUGGCAGGUGAAUCAUAUUGACCUAUCGCCACACUUUGCCGGCACGCUGGUGGGAUUGACCAAUAGUGCCGCCAAUGUGAUGAGUAUUAUUGCACCACUCGUGGUUGGUUAUAUCGUAACGGAUCCGACGAAUUCAGUACAGUGGCGCAUUAUAUUUUUCAUUGCUGGCGGUUUCAAUUUCUUUGCAAAUCUACUUUUCAUUAUUUUUGGCACAGCAAAGGUGCAGCCGUGGCAUGAUGAAGAGCUUAAGGUACAGGAGCUGAAGCCACUCAAUGAAAAUUUGGUGGUGGUGACGCCAAGCAGCGAGGAAAAGGAAGAGCCAAAGGAGGGAAAUGUGCUAAAAGAAACGGCAUAA